GUCCCGGGGAGGGUGCGGGAGGUGGCCGCCCUCGGAACGCCUCGGGCCCUGGGACGGGCGGCUGGGCGGCCGCGGAGAGGCGGGCGCCUCUGCCGGGUCACAGCCCUCGGAGCGCCCCCGCGGGGCAGACCACCCGGACCCCCGCCGCAGCCCCCCAGCGGAAGCGCGCUGGGGCGGGGACACUGAUGGCCAUUGACCCCCGGAGGGCUUCCUGUAAGAAGGGACUGCUCCGCGGAGGCCCGAAGGCGCAGAAGUGGGCGGAGAGAAAGGCGGGCCACUGUUCGCCCUGGUAGGGCCCGGACGUCAGACCCCCUGGGCGCAGGGCGCGGGUAUAGGCCUGGGACUCCAGACGUGGCCCCUUUCUCUCGUGCUCUCUGGACCUGGCGCGGGGAACACCUAGAGCCCAUAGUCGGCCUCCGGUCCCUGAGGAUUCGGAAACUCCUGACGCAGCUAAAGUGAAUCUGGCGCUGAGAUGUCGCUUCCAUGGGCCGGACGCGGAGGGAAGGGGUGCCCAGUACCUGCUGGAGCAGCGAGACGUGGAGGUACUAUGCCUGCUUGUGUGGGCACGAGGAGCUGGUACUCUACCUUCUGGCCAAUGGAGCCCGCUGCGAGGCCAACACCUUCGAUGGUGAGCGCUGCCUCUAUGGGGCACUGAGUGACCCCAUCCGCCGGGCUCUACGCGAUUACAAGCAGGUCACGGCUUCCUGCAGGAGGCGGGAUUACUAUGACGACUUCUUGCAGCGGCUUCUAGAGCAGGGCAUCCACAGUGACGUGGUCUUUGUAGUACACGGGAAGCCAUUCCGGGUGCAUCGCUGCGUCCUGGGUGCACGUAGUGCCUACUUUGCCAACAUGCUGGACACCAAAUGGAAGGGCAAGAGUGUCGUGGUUCUCAGGCACCCACUGAUCAACCCCGUGGCCUUUGGGGCCCUGCUGCAGUACCUGUACACAGGCCGCCUGGACAUUGGCGUAGAGCAUGUGAGUGACUGUGAGCGCCUGGCCAAGCAAUGCCAGCUGUGGGACCUGCUCAGCGACCUGGAGGCCAAGUGCGAGAAGGUGUCUGAGUUUGUGGCGUCUAAGCCAGGCACGUGUGUGAAGGUGCUGACCAUCGAGCCCCCCCCUGCAGACCCCCGCCUCCGGGAGGACAUGGCGCUGCUGGCCGAUUGUGCCCUGCCCCCCGAGCUCCGGGGUGAUCUUUGGGAGCUUCCCUUUCCUUGUCCUGAUGGCUUCAACAGCUGCCCUGACAUCUGCUUCCGAGUGGCUGGCUGCAGCUUCCUCUGCCACAAGGCCUUUUUCUGUGGCCGCAGUGACUACUUCCGGGCCCUGCUGGAUGACCACUUCCAAGAGAGCGAGGAGCCAGCGACCUCAGGGGGCCCCCCAGCCGUCACCCUGCAUGGCAUCUCACCCGACGUCUUCACUCACGUGCUCUACUACGUGUACAGCGACCACACUGAGCUGUCCCCUGAGGCAGCCUAUGAUGUGCUGAGCGUCGCCGACAUGUACCUGCUGCCAGGCCUGAAAAGGCUGUGUGGCCGCAGCCUGGCUCAGGUGCUAGACGAGGACACUGUGGUGGGUGUGUGGCACGUGGCCAAGCUCUUCCGCCUGGUGCGGCUUGAGGACCAGUGCACUGAGUACAUGGCCAAGGUCAUUGAGAAGCUGGUGGAGCGGGAGGACUUCGUGGAGGCGGUGAAGGAGGAGGCAGCGGCUGUGGCAGCCCGGCAGGAGACGGACUCUAUCCCGCUGGUGGACGACAUCCGCUUCCACGUGGCCAGCACGGUGCAGACCUACAGCGCCAUAGAGGAGGCACAGCAGCGUCUGCGGGCACUCGAGGACCUGCUCGUGUCCAUCGGUCUGGACUGUUGAGCCCCUGGCUGGGCAGCCCCAGGGGCCAGGAGCUCUCUUGGAGACAAGCAUGUGUAUGCGUUUGUGUGCAGCUCUUCUUCCUGCUCCCUGCACAUUGAGGGCUUCAUGGGGGGUGCAAGGGGCUCAGUGGGGCUUCUCUUCCCUCCAUGAGCCUGGAGACCCCAGGGAAGGAUCCAUUUGGGAUGAGCCCCCUCCCCCCAAUGCACAGGUCAGCCCCCAAGACCCUGGGGGUGGGCAUCACUCAGGGAAACCUGGGGUGGGGGUGGGCUUUGGUCUUAGCACUUUCCUUCUCCAGAUCCCCCCUACCCACCCCAGUCCCAAAUCCAGUCCUCUGGCCCUUGCAUAGCCCUGAAUUGCUUCUCUAAGCUGGUGUUCCCAUGCACAGGGCCAUUCAGGAAGGGCUUGGGGAGUGUGUGUGGCAAUAAAGCUUGAAGGCACCGUG